GUCCUGAUGUCCGUCCCUGUGCAGUUCCUCUUGUAACUUUUGCUCUUAUAAGGAUUUUAAAGUUUUGCAGCUGCGUUCGUUCUUUCAGUUUGUUUAUCACUUGUUGGAUUCUGAAAAGAUCUCUUCGUCGCUCGUCCGAUGGAGAAAACCUUCUGCCCCAGUAACUCAUAACAUUUUCACUUUAGCUCCUACUUUAUCCACAAAGGACCUGUUUGUUUGAUCUAAUUCUGCAUAAACUGGUCCAAACGGCUCCUUUACCGUCUUAGCGCUGUUCCCCUGAUGGGCGCCACAUCGCUCUCUACAGCCACACUCUUCUCUUCCACCUCGGGCUCUUCUCUUCGCCCAUAACCAACUUUGCCAACAGCGACAUCGGCACAAACCAAUGGAGACCGAAAACAUGAUGAUGACCAAGGACGUAGGAAGCGACACCGAAGCGCUUCGGGAAACGAGCGAGGAGACGAGGGACCAAGGAAACGAAAAGUUGGUGUUGGCCGACGGCACGGAGCAGAGAGGACAUAAACUAUCCAACUCCGAGCCGCAGGUGUCCAACGGCUUCACCACGAGCACCUCCCAAAACUUCAGAGAGGGUCAGGGGAGCGGGGCGGGGUCAGGGGGGACCGCGCCCGGUAUGGGACAUUCCUCGUCCGCACCUAUGGGAGGCUUCAGGACUCUGGUCGUCCAACAAACGAGUCUGGAGAGGCCGAGGGAGACCUGGAGUAAGAAGAUGGACUUUUUACUUUCUGUGAUUGGCUACGCCGUGGACCUCGGAAACGUGUGGCGCUUUCCCUACAUCUGCUACCAGAACGGAGGAGGUGCGUUUCUGCUGCCCUACCUGCUGAUGGCGGUGUUCGGGGGGGUGCCUCUGUUUUACAUGGAGCUCGCUCUGGGACAGUUUCAUCGCAGCGGCUGCAUCUCCAUCUGGAAACACAUCUGCCCCAUCUUUAAAGGCAUCGGCUUCGCCAUCUGCAUCAUCGCGCUCUACAUCGCCUUCUACUAUAACACCAUCAUGGCCUGGGCGCUCUAUUACCUCCUCUCCUCCUUCAGACCCGUCCUGCCCUGGACCACCUGCACCAACAGCUGGAACACCCCCAACUGCAAACGCUACAUCUGGACCGACGACAACAUCACCUGGUCCAACUCCUCCACCUCCCCCGCACAGGAGUUCUAUACUCGGCAGGUGCUGCAGGUGCACCGCUCUCCUGGUCUUCAUCACUUGGGCGCGGUGAGCUGGCAGCUGGCCCUGUGCCUCCUCUUCAUCUUCACCAUCGUCUACUUCAGCAUCUGGAAAGGAGUCAAGACGUCUGGGAAGGUGGUGUGGGUCACUGCCACCUUCCCGUACCUGGUUCUUCUGGUGCUGUUGAUUCGUGGAGCGACUCUUCCUGGAGCCUGGAGGGGUGUGGUCUUCUAUCUCAAACCAGACUGGGGCAAACUGCUCAGUACAACAGUCUGGAUCGAUGCUGCAGCUCAGAUCUUCUUCUCAUUGGGUCCAGGGUUUGGGGUCCUUCUCGCUUUCGCCAGCUACAACCCCUUCCACAACAACUGCUACAAAGAUGCUCUGGUGACCAGCUCGGUCAACUGUCUGACCAGUUUCAUUUCGGGGUUUGUGAUCUUCACUGUUCUGGGAUACAUGGCCGAGAUGAGGCAGCAGGACGUGGACACGGUGGCCAAAGACGCAGGCCCCAGUCUGUUGUUCAUCAUUUACGCCGAGGCCAUCGCCAACAUGCCCGCCGCCACGUUCUUCGCCAUCAUUUUCUUCUUGAUGAUCAUCAUGUUGGGUCUGGACAGUACAUUUGCAGGUCUGGAGGGGGUGAUCACGGCCCUGUUGGACGAGUUUCCUCAGGUUCUGUCUAAGCGUCGUGAGUUGUUGGUGUUGGGGCUGGUGUGCGUCUGUUACCUCGGCGCUCUCUCCACUCUCACUUAUGGCGGAGCGUUUGUGGUGAAGUUGUUUGAGGAGUACGCCACAGGUCCAGCGGUCAUCACCGUGGUCCUGCUCGAGGUCAUCGCCGUCUCGUGGUUUUAUGGCACCACUCGUUUCUGUAAUGACGUGCACUUCAUGCUCGGGUUCUACCCCGGCUGGUUCUGGAGGAUCUGCUGGGUCGCCAUCUGCCCCAUUUUCCUCCUGUUCAUCAUCAUCAGUUUCCUGGCGUUCCCUCCAGAUGUGAAGUUGUUUGAUUAUCACUAUCCUCAGUGGACCACAGUCCUGGGAUACUGCAUCGGCGUGUCCUCGUUCAUCUGUGUCCCCACGUACAUGGUGUACCACCUGCUCAACGCUAAAGGCUCCUUCAAACAGCGUCUUCUAAAGAGCAUCACACCCGUGCCGUCCAGUGAGCACCACAGAGACUACAUAGUGACCAACGCCGUCUGACCAAACCUGACCAAAAAGAGGUGCCACUCUAGACACUGCAGAGAGCGCCCUCCACUGGUGACACUGCAAAACUACAGGACAAGGGGGCUACCUUUCACCGUCUUUGCCUCUCACCGUACCUCUCCUUCAUGGUUUCUUUACGCUCAUGUUGUUCAUUAUUUAUCCAUGUUUUGACCAACAAAUCAAUAAGCUUUUAUUCAGGUUUAGGGAUUGUUUUUUAAAUGUUUUUAUUCCUUAAACGUUGAAAUAAAUAUAUAAAUAAAUACAGUUCAGAGAAGCAAACAGGAGCCACCAAAUCUCUACUUGAAUGUGUCGUUAGUGUGCCUCAAACAACAUCCUCCGACGAGUGGUGGACCUGAAGGGCCUUAAAAAAGUGAUUAUACACGGAAAAUACACGUCUUCCCUCUUCAGUAUUACAGUAAUUUCCCUCUUCAGUAUUACAGUAUUUGUACUGCACUUCAGUCUCUGAUGGACCAGUGUCUAGAACAGAACAAACAGCAGGAUUCAACCACAUCUGCCCCGUUGUUUAAUGUUGAAACACACAGCUCUAAAAACACUUUUAUCGGACAAGUUAAACUUUUAAAAAUAUAAUAAUAAUCAAUGUUUAUAUUUUAAGUUCUGUUUAAAUCCAUAUUUUGAUGAAAACCAACUGGAACCUGUUGAGUCGUUUACUACAGACUGUUAUUAAUGUCCACAUCUGUAUAAACUCUGUCCCCCGUCAGGACGUCUGUCCCCCGUCAGGACGUCUGUCCCCCGUCAGGACGUCCAGUGACAGCUGUCAAUCACAGGCCCCGCCCCCUCUCCACGUCCGCCUCGACCUCCGGCGUUUUACUCCAGACAAAGACUGUUCAGUGCUCCUGUUUACUUCUCUGUAUGUGACCUGUUACAUAUUAUUAUUAUUAUUAUUAUUAUAGAGAAAAUACCGUACUAUUUCUUUAAGGAGGCAGCCAUUUUUUCUACUUUGAAUCUUUCACACAUAAAAUAAAAUGUGUUAUUAUUAUUAUUAUUAUAAUUGUGUCGUGCAUAAAGUAAUAACUCCAGUGGUUGUAUUUUUAUACAGUUUUAUUAAGUUAUGCAUUUCAAAAGUAGCAAAAUUCAGGAAUCUUUUGCAUUUGUUGCUAAAGCCAAAUAUAUCUCUGUUUUUUCCAUAUUUCUAAAGACUUCAAUCUGUUUUGGAUUGGUUGAUUGUUGUUUUGUUUGUUGUGGCGUAUUUGACAAAGGGACAAAGUGAACGUCCAACACUGUGAAGCACUACACAGAACACAAUUAUAAUGUUCACACAAAAACACAAAACAAAACAAUUUAGACUUUUGAUUUCAAGAAGAGAAGAGAUUUAUUUAUUUGAUUUAUUAAUAUAUUGUAAACACCAUGUGUCUCAAAACUGAUCCUUGUGGAGUCCCAGGUCGUUCUGUGCCAUAGAAAUAGAAGCCAAAAAAGGAUUAGAGCUAAUAAUAAUAAAAAUAAUAUUAUAAUAUCCUUAAUGUCAUAAACUCAGAAAACACUGCGAUUUACUUUGGACCAAAAAUGUGUGUGUGUGUGUGUGUGUGUGUGUGUGCCACGUGCCUGUGCGAGUCUGUGUGCGUCAGUGGAGCAGGUUCAUAUGACGAGUACUGUACUUUAAUGUGUAUUUACUAUCCUAUGAUAUUGUUGUAAUAAUAUAUUUAGUGCAGGCCUGUCUCCUGUGUGUGCGUGUGUGUGUGAUUUCACCUGUUUGUAACGUGUGCGUCUGUUUGUGUAUCUCCUGUCGUCUCGUUAACUGCCAAAAUAUCCGAUGAAGGAAGUGGAUCCCUCUGCCUCUGACCUCUGAAGCCUCUGUAAAGUCUGUUUGUCCAACAUGUAUUGAGAAACACAUCUGUAUAGAAGAAAUAUAUAUAAAUAAAUAUAUGGUAAUAACAGAUAAUAAAGAUAUAUGGGAG